AUGGAGGCAAACCAGGAGAAGGCUGCUGCAGAGAGCGGCGGGGGCAGUGGCCGGGGCCCAGUGCGAGCGGUCUGCGUCUUCUGCGGCAGCAGGCCGGGAAACCGGCCGUCCUUCAGCGCCGCCGCUCUCGACCUUGGAAGGCAGCUGGUGGAGAGGAAGCUCGACCUUGUCUAUGGCGGCGGCAGCGGCGGCCUGAUGGGUCUCGUGUCCAAGGCCGUCCACGACGGCGGCCGCCAUGUCCUCGGGGUCAUCCCUAGCGCUCUCCUCCCCGAAGAGGUAUCAGGGGAGACGUUGGGAGAGGUGAAAGUGGUCAGGGAUAUGCAUGAGCGCAAGUCAGAAAUGGCGAAACACUCCGACGCCUUCAUCGCCCUGCCUGGCGGUUAUGGGACGAUCGAAGAGCUGUUGGAGAUCAUAACGUGGGCGCAGCUCAGGAUCCACAACAAACCUGUGGGAUUGCUCAACGUGGAUGGCUACUACAACAGCCUGCUUUCGCUGUUCGACAAGGGCGUCGAGGAGGGCUUCAUCGAUGAGGCGGCGCGCAACAUCUUUGUCGUCGCCGACACUGCCGGGGAGCUGCUCACCAAGCUCACGGCAGCAGCGGCGGCGGCCCCGGUUGACGACGACGACGGUCAGAAGGGCGCGGCGGCCGCCGGCGUCAAGAGGAAAAGAAGCUAG